UUGUGUGUGCCUCGCCCACUGGCCUCAGAGUGUGGGAAAGCUAAUCCUGCCUGGGACUCAUGGCUUUGUAAUGCUAAUGUGGGCCUAUAAAUAGAGGCGAGGGAUCCUCAGUCACCUCACAGCUCACUCUGCUCUCCCACAGAAGCUCUGCACUCCAGCACAAUGGCUCCAGCCAACACCAGAGACUCUCCCGUCUCAAUGCUCUCCACCAAAGACAGACACAAACUGAGGAAACCAGCUGUGGAGAAGAUGCGCAGAGAUCGCAUCAACAGCUGCAUCGAGCAGCUCAAGGUCCUGCUGGAGAAGGAGUUCCACAAACAGGAUCCCAACGCCAAGCUGGAGAAGGCCGACGUCCUGGAGAUGACGGUGGUGUUCCUGAAGCAGCAGCUGCGGCCUCAGAGCCCGGCCGCUCGCACGGCUCACGGCGACGGCUACUCCCACUGCUGGAAGGAGACGCUGCACUUCCUGUCCGCCAGCUCCCUGAAGGAAGUGACCCUGCCGCACCUCCGGUACCUCCACGCUGCCCACAGAGCCGGCCAGGACGCCGGCCCCACGCCGGCCCUCUCCUCCCACAGCCACAUCCAGGCUGCGGUGAAGCAGCUGCCCAGCCCCGACAGAGCCGUGUGGAGGCCGUGGUAGAAGCUCCAUGAAACUCUGGAUCAACCCGAUGGAUGUUCACCAUCAUGGAGCCCGCAGGAGACUGACCUCCACAUCAUUUAUUCAACGGACCUUUCCUCUUUAUUAUUUUAUCCUGUUUUAAAGAAAGAUUUCUUCAUAUUGAAGAAAGUGUUUUUCUUGUUGACAGCGGCUCAGUUUGUGCUGUUGAAGAACUUUGACUUCAUGAAUCCUGUUUCCUCUGAGGAUUGUUUGUAGAGACGUUGUCUUCAUGUGGAUGUUUGCUGAGCUAACUGAAACCUCAUUAUCAUUCUCUUAGUGUGUUGAUGAUGUUGUAGUGCACUGAAUGCCUUUUGUAAAGGCGGUGUUGGGACCGCAGGUGUUCCAAAUGAGGCAUUAUUGUGCUGUGAAAUGAAGCGUAGACACUAUGUGUUUGCUCUAAUUACUUGUUAAAGUGAUUGAAUGUGAAAACAAGAACACUUUUCCUGAGGAAAAGUAAAAAUGAAAACUUGUAAUCUCAAAAGAGAAAUCUCAGAAUAAACAUUUUUUUGCAAACGA